GAAAAAGUUGAGCCAGUAGUUUUUCCCGCCAGAGAAAAACAGCUUAAAAAUCACAAACUAACUAAGCCUCACCUGAUUAGUCUGUAAACCAGGGUUUAUUCAAAUAUUUCAAUGAAUCAUUCUUCCAAUAUCAGUAUCAAAUUCUUCAAAACUUGUAUAAAUUCGGGGGAUAUAGAAAAUGCUCGCAAGUUGUUCAACAAAAUUCCUCAACCAGAUAUUCGUUUAUGGACUAUCUUAAUUUCUGCUCAUACAAAACACGGUUUCCCUAAACAAUCAGUCGAAAUAUACUCUGAUUUACUGAAAUGGAAUAUAGAACCCGAUCGAUUGGUUUUGCAGUCGGUAGCCAAGGCAUGUGCAGUGUUGGCAGAUCUUGUCAAAGCUAAAAAGGUUCAUGAAGAUGCAAUUAGAUUCGGAUUUGAAUCAGACCUUUUACUAGGGAAUGCCUUGAUUGAUAUGUAUGGCAAAUGUAGGUUCAUACAAGGUGCAAAAAAGGUUUUCUACGAGUUGUCCACAAGAGAUGUGAUUUCAUGGACUUCACUCUUAUCUUGUUAUAUCAACUGUGGGUUUCCAAGGGAAGCUUUGCGAAUUUUGCGUGAAAUGUGUUUAAGUGGCGUGAAACCUAACACCAUAACAGUGUCUUCUACACUUCCCGCCUGUUCGGAUUUGAAAGACUUGAAUUCUGGUAGAGAGAUUCAUGGGUUUGCAGUGAGAAAUUUAAUGGGAGAUAAUGUCUUUGUGAGUAGUGCGCUAGUUAAUAUGUAUGCUAAUUGUGCAAGCAUAAGAAAUUCAGAGCUUGUUUUUGAGAACAUGUCUCAAAGAGAUAUUGUGUCUUGGAAUGUGAUACUGGCGAGUCAAUUCUCAAACGGAGAAUGCGACAAAGCUCUCAAUUUCUUCCAACAGAUGAUAAACGAGGGGGUUAAGCUGGACUCUGCCUCGUGGAACUCUGUGAUCAGCGGGUGCAUGCAAAAUGGACGAACACAGGAAGCACUUGAACUGUUUGUUCGGAUGCAAGAUUUAGGGUUCAAACCUAACAAUAUUACAGUUGCCAGUGUCUUGCCAGCCUGCACUGAUUUGGAAAGCUUAAGGGGAGGUAGAGAGAUUCAUGGAUAUAGUUACAGACAUCAACAUUUAGAAGAUAUAGUUGUGGGGACUUCUCUAGUUUUCAUGUAUGCAAAAUGUGGCGAGUUGGAUCUUUCGCGAAGAGUGUUCGAUAACCUUCUGCAGAGAGACACUAUUGCAUGGAACACAAUGAUCUUGGCGAACUCAAUGCAUGGUAACGGUGAAGAAGCCUUGUCACUUUUUCACAAAAUGUUGAAUUCAGGGGUUAAGCCUAAUUCCAUUACUUUCACUGGAGUUUUAUCCGGGUGCAGCCAUUCACGGCUUGUUGAUGAAGCCCAGUCAAUUUUGAGUUCAAUGAGUAGGGAUUAUAUGAUUGAACCUGAUGCAGAUCACUAUUCUUGCAUGGUUGAUGUCCUUAGUCGUUCAGGUCAACUAAAAAAGGCGUAUGAGUUCAUCCAGGAAAUGCCAGUACAGCCAACUGCUGGUGCCUGGGGUGCACUGCUAGGAGCUUGUAGGGUAUAUAAAAAUGCAGACUUGGGAAAGAUUGCUGCAAAGCGACUUUUUGAAAUUGAACCUGAGAAUCCAGGGAACUAUGUCUUGUUAUCAAACAUUCUUGUAACUGCAAAACUGUGGGAUGAUGCAUCAGAAAUUAGGGAAAUGAUGAGAGAUAGAGGAAUAUUUAAAAUGCCUGGUUGCAGUUGGAUUCAAGUAAAGAAUAAAGUUUAUACCUUUGUGGCGGGUGAUAAAGAAAACGAUAAGAGUGAUGCAAUCUACAGUUUUCUAGAUGAAUUAGGCGAAAAGAUGAGACUCGCUGGUUAUAUGCCUAACACUGACUAUGUUCUGCAAGAUGUGGAUCAAGAGGAGAAAGAACAGGUUCUCUGUAGCCAUAGCGAGAAGUUAGCAGUUGCUUUCGGCAUACUAAAUCUGAAGGGGGGAUCAUCCAUUCGUGUAUUUAAGAACCUAAGAGUGUGCGGAGACUGUCAUACUGCUAUUAAGUUCAUGUCCAAUAUUGUUGGGCUGCGCAUUACUCUUAGGGACUCCUUGCGGUUUCACCAUUUUAACGACGGAAAUUGCUCCUGUCGAGAUUUUUGGUAAUGAAUAUAGUUACUGCUAUGAACGGAUCUCUUAAAAGAAGACGAGAAGCAGACCUGUAGCGUUUUGCCAAACGUGCUUCUUUUCGUAAUACUAAGAAUAAUUGUGGUACCCAAUCAUUCCCUACCCAACAAGUUCUGAGCAAUAUCACUAUUUUCAUAGAGGGUAUUGAAGCGUGAGGACUUGUGGCCACAAUAAUAGCUAAAGAGGUGUAAUAACCACAAAUCAAGGUAGCUCCGUAUCCUGUUUCUCUUUCUGCACAGCAAAAUCAACCACCUGGUAAAGUCACAACCUCAUCAUCUUCAAUAGUUCAGUUUACUCAUGAUUCCUGCAAAGCAAUUCAGGAGGCUGAAUUAACAGAAGGGUUAUGUUCAAACUCUGAAAGUCAUUGCUUGGACUUCCCCUCCUUAUCCUUAUGCUGUCAUAAAUUGUGAUGCUUCUUUCAAGUUAAAAUCUAAAGAUAGUGGCAUGGGUCUAAUCUCUAGAGAUUUUGCAGGUGCACAUCAAUCCUCGAGAUGUAUCUACAAGCAUGGACAUCUAAACGCUGUGGAGGCUUUGUGAUGCAGUUUGGAUACAGUUUGAUACAGUACCCAAGGCUUGAGACAGAUUUACAAACACUCAAGGCUUGAGACAGAUUCAAAAACUGUUGCGGCUGCCAUUAAUGGAGUACACACUUGCUUGGCUUGGCAAAAUUAGAGAAUCAUUGAGGAUAUUAGACGCCGUUCAAGUAACCUUAUUAGCUGGAACUGUCGGCAGUUAGUAGAUAUUGCAAUAAGGCAGUUAGUAGAGAUUGCAAUAAACCAACUGAUGCUUUCGCAAAAUAUGCUAGGAAGCUUAAAAUUUCUAAAAUUUGGCAGCAGUCUGUUCCAAACUUUAUCUCCCUUUAUCUCCCACCAUGUUUUGGAAGAGAUGAACAUUGACUCCUGUUUAAGAUUAAAUGUUAUUUGCAAAUUCUUGCAAAUGAAGCAGCAGCCACCUGUUAAUAUUGCAAUCUUUUGUAAUGGGAAGCAGCAGCCACCUGUAAUAUUGCAAUCUUUUGUAAUGGGAAGCUUGUCUGAAGCCACCCGAACACUUUUUUUCUUCUUUCUUUUUUGCACAUACAGCAG